AUGAAUAUAUAUAAAUAUGAUGAAUUAUGUCCAUAUGUGUUAACUAAUGAAAGAAACUGUGGAUUCUUUCGUCCCUUUUUAGAAUAUGAACUCAACAAGAUAAGAAAUUACAAUGAACAAAUUUUUAGAACUAUAAUUAUUGAAGCAUUAAUUGAACAAGUUAAACAUUUAAAAAAAUUAGAAUUAAUAAAACAAAUCAACUAUUUUAAAAACACAAAUAUUUGUAACAAUGAACAAAAUAUAGAAAAGAUAGAAAUGAAAAAUGAUGCUACUUUUUACCAACCACUAAAUAAUAUAGAAUAUGAAAAUAUAAAGAAAAAGAAAAGGGAACUAAAAAAUAUAGAUUAUAAUAAUAAUUAUGAAAUAAAAAAAAAAAGCGGUUUUGGAAAAUUAAAAGAUAUGGAUGAUAUAUAUGAGAAAGAAAAAAAAAGAAAAAAGAAGAAAAAGAAUAGAAUAGAAAAAAAAAAAAAUAUUACAAUAAAUAAUAAUCUAAGAAAUUAUCCUAUUAAAGUACAAAAAAAAAUUGAAAGCAUCUAUAAUUAUAGUAUAAAUUAUUUUAUAUAUAAAAAAAUUCAUAAUUAUAGAAAUAAACAAAAUUUUAUUGAUAAAUUAAAAUAUAUUAUAAGAGAAAAAUAUACAUUAAUUAUUGAAAAAUGUAAAAAUGAAACUCAAAAAAUAGUCAAAGGAACGUUUCUUUUAUUAUACAAUUAUAUUAGUUUAAUAGAAAAAAAUACUAUGAAUAUUUUAUAUAAUGUAUCUAGUGAAUUAAAACAAAAUGAAGAAGAAAAAUUAAACCUUUUACUGAAAAUCGCGAAUAAUAUUCAUUUUUAUUUAAGAAUAGAAGAAAAAGAGAAGUUCUAUUUAAAUUGUAAUUCACCUUUUAAUAAUUUAAAGAAUAUUAUUUCUAAAGAAUUUAUCAAUAUAAAAAAUAAUAAGUAUGGAAACAAAAUAAAAUUUUUUCAUGAUAUAUUUUUAAAAAUUGUUAUUAAUUUUGUAAGUUUGUUAAAUAAUUAUUUCAAAAUGAAUAAGAAAUAUAAAAAAAAAAAGACGAUAAAUGAAGUAUUAAACAAUAUUUCAGAUUUCUUAUAUAAAAAAUAUUCUUUUUAUCAUAAAAUUAUGAAAUCAAACAAUGUCAUAUCAGUGAAUAAAAUUAUUUUGUCAAGUAUUAUGUGUGAUGAUAUUUACGUUAGUAUAUUUAUAAUUAAAGUAAUUAAUUUAAAUGAAUGUUUAAACGGAAUGAACGAAGAAAAUAGUGUUAUUAAUUAUUGUAUUGAAUUAAAUCAUGAAGUCAUGAAAAAACAAAAUUCAAAGAGUGAUUACCAAACUAAUUUUAAUAAUGUUUGUGAUAGUAAAAAGAACAUAAAUAUGUUAGUACAUAAUAAUAUUACUCAAUAUCAUUAUAUUCUUAGAAAAUAUAAUAUUGAUUAUAAGUUAGAAUAUGAAUUGCCUUAUGUUAAUUGCAACCUUAAUAAAAACAUAAAAGUGUAUAUUCUUUUAACCAAAAUUAAUAAAAACAAAGAAUAUACUAAAAUAAAAAAAUAUAAAUAUACGAAAAUGAAUAGAAAAAAUUCAUUAGGUGUACUUAUUUUAAACAAACAAUUAAAAAAUAAAAAUAAAAUUUAUAAUUUUUAUUCUUAUAGAAAUCCUUAUAUAAAAAUGAAAAAUCGUUUUAACAGUUUGUUUGUAAUUAUAAAAAAAAAUUUAUGUUUCCCUUUUAAAUGGAAUUAUAAAUAUCAUAAUCCCAAAUUUGUAUUUAUUAGUAUAUUUAAAAAUAAUAUUAAAAAAAAUAGUAUAUAUUUACAUUAUUCAAAAAAAAACGAUAAAAAGGGAGCCUUAUUUGUUUUUAUAAAUAAAAAAGAAAUUUUUUAUUCUGAUAGAAUUAGUGAGAAUAUAAAAGACAUAUCAUUUUUUAAUAAUAAUAAAAAAAAGAAAUCAAAAAAAAAUACUUUUUUUGAAAAAAAAUAUAUAUUCUCUUACUUAAUUAAUGAUUUAAAUUACAUUGAUAAAGUAUGCAUAAAAAAAUGUUUUAAGGAUAUUAAAUUGUAUUGUAAUAGUAAUGGAAGUAAUAAUUAUAACAAUUAUUCUAAUAAUUAUCCAAAUAAUAAUUAUAACAGUAGUAAUAACAACAAUUAUAACAACAAUAAUUAUGAUAAUAGUAAUAAUAGUAAUAAUAAUAGUGGGAAUAGUAAUAAUAAUGGUAAUGAUGAUAACAAUGAUGAUAAUAAUAAUAAUAAUAAUAAUAACAAUAAUAAUAAUAAAGAUAUUUACAAUGAUGAAGAAGAUAAUGAAGAUGAUAAAAACAAUAACAGUAAUAAUUACAGCAAUAUUAACAAACACACAUUAAAUGAAAACAUUAAAAAUGAAAAUAUUGAUAAGAGUAAAAAUAUGAAUAGUAAAAAUAGUUCUAUUAUGCAAGAUAUGAAAAUUGAUGAUAUGAACAUGUAUACCAAUGAUGAAAAUAUUAUGAUGAAUAAUUAUGUUGAUAAAGUUAUAAAUAGUAAUGAAAGUAUGUAUAAUAUUGAUAGUAUUCAUAAAAAUGAUAAUAUUUUUAAUAAUGAAGAGAAUAAAUUAGUAGGUAUUAAUAAAAAUAUUGCAACCAAUAUUAAUAGUAAAACUGGUACAGAUAUGAACUAUAAUAUGAAUUUUAUGAAUUACUUGAAUAAUCAAAAUUCACAAAACAAUUUGAAUAUGAUACCAGGGAUGAAUAGAAUUAAUAACAUACCUCUUAAUCAAAUAAUGAAUUUUCAAAAUGUAUUUAUGGGUAAUAUGCCAAAUCAAUAUAAUCAAAAUAUGCAUUAUGAAGCUUUAGAUAAUAUGCAAGACAUGAAGCAACAAUCACAAUUAAUUAAACAAAAGCCAAAUCAAUAUGUACCAACACAAAAUCAACCUGAAAAUAAAAUAAAUACUCAACAUUGUUUGCCAUCCAACUUUUUACAAAAUCAGAUUCAUCAACAAUUUCAAAUACAGCAACAAAUGCAUUUACAGCAUUUAAUUCAUCAACAAAACUUACAUCAAUUAAGUAUGAUGCAACAAAAUAAUCAACAAAAAUUCACAAAUCAACAAAAUAUUCCUAAUCAGUCAAAUGUUUCUUUAUUAAAAGUGCCACAAAUUUUAUCUUUAAAUUCAGUUGACCAAAGAAAUUCGCAGAUUUCACAAAAAUUACAAAGGCAUUCAAUGAAUGCAAUCGAUCAAUGUAAUACUCAAAGAAACACUAACUCAAAUAUACAAACUUUAAAUAAUUCAUCGAAUCAUUUUAAUUCAAUACCUCUAAAAUUUCCAUAUAAAAAUAAUGCGCAACAGAUGAAUAAUAUAGUGCAGCAAAACAAACCUCAAAAUUUGCCAAAUCAACACAACUUGCAAAGUCAGAAUAAUUUACAACAUAAUUUAAAUAAUAAACAGAGUGUGCAGCAUAUAAUUCCAAAUCAACAAAAUAUGCAACAUAUUUUACAGAAUCAACAAAACGUGCAACACUUAUUAUCAAACCAACAGAACAUGCAGCACAUAUUACCGAAUCAACAAAAUGUACAACAUAUGUUACCAAAUAAGCAAAAUACUCAACAAUUAUUACCGCAAAAUCAGCAAAAUGUACAACAAAUAUUGCCAAAUCAGCAAAAUGUACAACAAUUAUUGCAACAUCAGCAAAAUGUGCAACAGUUGAUUCCAAACCAGAAAAACGUUAACACAACAUCAAUAUCAGGACAACUUCAUAGGCAAUCUAAUCAACCAUCAUCACAAGUAACGUUAAAUCAGCAAAAUAUGCAGCAGCUUAUUCCUAACUCCCCUAUGCAUAUGUAUCAGCAACAGUCUUCAUUUUUGCCAAGAGUAUCAUCAACUCCUCAACAUAUCUCACAUCAGCAGAUUCCAUAUGAUUGGAUACCUAAUCCUUAUAUGCAUCAGCAAUAUAUGCUUCAACAAUGCCAGAUAACACCACAGCAAUUAUUCAUUCAACAACAAAAGCAACAAAAUAUAUUACAUCAGCAACAUCAAUCACAAAAUAUUCAACAACCAAGUACAUUGCAACAACAACAACAACAGCAACAGGGAAUAUCACAUAUGCAAUUACAACAGCAGAAACAAACGAUGUCACAAAUGCAACAACAAAAUUUAUCACAAUUUCAACAAAAUAUAUCACUUCAACAACAGCAAAUGCAAAAUAUUGUUUCUCAACAACAAAUUCAAAAUUUAUCGCAGUUACAACAUCAAAUACAUAAUGCAUCAUCACAACAAACAAAUAUUCCAAUAAAACAGAAUAUUUCGCAACAAUUUUCUCCAAUAUUUAAGGAUAGCAUAAUACAAGGAAAUAAUAAUUAUGAAAUGUUAGAAAAUAUGAAUGAUUUACAUAGAAUGAAUGUACCAAUGAAAGGUAAUUUAGAAAUAUGCAACACAUCAAUGGAAGGUAUAAUUGAAGAAGAUAUUUUCGAUAGCAAUUAUCAUUGUGAUAUUUGUAACAAAGAUAUAACUCAUACUAUUCGCAUAAGAUGUGCAGAAUGUGUUGAUUUUGAUUUAUGUGUUAACUGCUUUAGUAGUGGAAAAGAAAUGAAAUCAGAUAAAUGUGAACAUUAUAAUUAUCAUAAUUAUAUUCCUAUACCAAAAUACGAUUUUCCUUUGUAUAAAUUGAAUUGGAGUGCUGAAGAAGAGUUAUUAUUAUUAGAUGGAAUAAGUAAAUAUGGUUUUGGAAAUUGGGAGCAAGUUGCAGAUUUAGUAAAUUCUGUUGCAAAAAUUACAAAAAGUGAUAAAGAAUGUGAAAAUCAUUAUUACAAUUAUUAUUUAAGGUCCAAUUGUGCACCUUUACCUGACAACAAAAGAUUAUUAAUAAAACCAGAUGGUAAUCCAUAUGAAAUUGAACAAGUCAUAGAAAAGGAUAUUAAUGAAAACGAAGAAUAUGUUCUACCCAAAUCAAAAAAGAAUAAUAGAACUCAAAUUGUUGGAUAUUGGCCACUAAGAGGAGAUUUUGAUAUUGAAUAUGAUAAUGAUGCAGAAUUAUUAUUAGCUGAUAUGGAAUUUAAAGAUUCUGACUUACCUCAGCAAAAGGAAUUAAAAUUACAAGUUUUGGAAAUAUAUAAUUCAAAAUUAGAUGAGAGAAUAUACAGAAAAAGAACUGUUAUAGAAAGAGGUUUAUUGGAUACGAAAGCACAACUUCAAAAAGAAAAAAAAAGAACCAAAGAAGAAAAAGAAUUAUAUGCUGCCUUAAAACCAUUGUCAAGAUUUCAUUCACCUCAACAUCAUGAAUAUUUCAUACAAUUAUUACUAGAAGAGCAAAAACUUCGUCAAAGAUUAACAAAAUUACAAGAAUGGAAAGCAUUAGGUCUUCAAAACAUAGAACAAGUUCAAGAAUAUGAGAUAGAAAAAAACAGAAGAGCUAAAGAAAAAAUAAAACAGGAAAAUAGUGAAAAAAUAACAAAAAAUUUUAAAAUUUCUAAAAAAGAAAAAGAAUAUAAAUUAAAACAUAAAGAUGAUGAAACAGAAGAUAAUAAAAAAUUAAAUAUAGAAACCUUUCUAGCACUAGACCUAUUAAAUGAAAAAGAAGUAGAAUUUUGCAAAAAUAUGAAGCUUCCUAUUUUAUUCUUUUUGUUAAUCAAAAGAUUAUUAAUAAUGGAAAUAAGUAAUAGCAAUUUAAACAUGCUGAAAGACAUAAAUGAGUUGAAAUUAAAGGGAUAUAAAGUGGGUCAGUUAUAUGAUUUUUUUUUAAGUUUUGACAUAAAUCAAAAGGAAGAUUCUAUGACUAAUGCAAACAUGAAGAGUUUAAACUUAAAAAAAAAUGAUGAAAAAAAAAGAAAAAUGAAAAAUUUUGAUUUUAGCAAUUUUAAAAAUUUUAAUAAAAUGGAAAAAAUGGAAGUGACUGAUAAAAAUAACUACUUUUUAAUGGAUAAUUUAUGCAAUGAUAAUGAAGAAGAUAAAAAAUCUAAAAUGAAAAAUGAAGAAAAAGUAAAAAAUAUUUAUACAUCAAAUGAUAAUUCUAAAUUUGAUAAUAACAUGAAUAUUGUUAAUAAUAAUAUGGAUAAUACUCAGAAUCAAACUAAUGAUGUGAAUACUCAUGUAGAAGAAAAAUUAGAUUCUGAUAAUUUGAAUAAUAAUAAAUUGAGCAAUAAUAAUGAUAUGUUAUCUAAUGAAAAACAAGGAUACAAUGAAAAUGAAGAAAAUGGUGAACUAUAUUUUAAAGAAAAAGAUCAAAAUGGAGAUAACGUAAACGAAAUGAAAGAUAAAAAACAUAAAGAAAAGAAAUUAAAAAAAAAGAAAGAAGAAAAAAGAAAUUCUUUAGUAGAAAAAGAUAUUGACAACUAUAAUAUAAUAGGAGAAUAUGAAGAGAAUCAGGAAUAUUUAUUAUAUCCAAAAAAAAAAGGUUCUUUCAAAAAAAAGGAAAAUAAUAAUGAAGAAGAAAAAGGAGAAAAAAAUGAAAAAGAAAAUAUUGAAAAUUACAGAAACGAUGGAAAUAGUAUGGAAGAAAAUGAAUAUAAAAAAGAGCAAGAUGAGCAACAAGACCAUGAAAAGAAUGAACAAGAGUUUGAUGAUGGUAAUGAUGAAAAUUUAUAUGAUGAUGAAGAGGAAGAUGAAGAGUUGGAUGAGGAGGAAGAGUUGGAAGAGGAAGAUGAUGCAGAGGAAGAAGAUGAGGAAAAAGAAGAAGAAGAUAUGGAUGAAAUUGGAGAGGAUGGAAAAGAUGAAAAUGAAAAUAAAAAAAAGAAAGAAAAAAAGAAGAAAAUUCAGGAAUUAGAAGAAAAGGAUUGUAAUAAUAUGAAAAUAAUUCUUAAUGAGGGUAAUGGUAGUAACCCCAAUUUAAAAAAUAUAAAUUAUUUAAAAAAAAAAUCAAAUGAAAAAAAUAAAGAAAUUUUAAAUUUAAAAAAUAUUCAGAAUAAAAAAAAAACAAUUGAUUCCUUGGAGGAAGAACGAGAAGAAAAAGAAGAAGAAACUUCUAAUACUAUAAAUAACGCAGAUAAUAUAUAUGGAAAGGCAAAGAAGUCUUUUGAAAAAAAUGAUACAAACAGUGAAAAUUUUGAAUGCGAUUUAAAAAAAAAAAAAAAUAAGAUGAAAAAAAAUAAUGAAUACGAUGUAAGUAGAAAUGAAUCAAAAAAUAGUAACAUGGAAUUAGAUAAUAACAGUUUUGUAGAAGAAUAUGAUUCAAGUAUUGAAUUUAAUGAAAAAUUACAAAAAAAUAAAAAACUAAUUACUGCAUCAUCAUCACCUUUGAAUUUAAAUAAAAAUGAGAAAAGUAAACGAUAUCGAAUGAAAAACGAAAAAUUAAAUACUGAUGUAGCAUCAAGUAUAGACACAAAAGAAAAUGAAAAAAAAAUUAAAAGUUUUGAUGUAAAUUUAAAAAAAAAAUCAAAAAAAAGAAAGGGUUCUAUGAGUUUAAUUUUGAAUUCUAAAAAGUCAUUAAAAUUAUAA